GGCUGCAACAGUGACACCAACACAGCAGAGACACAGACAGCAAGAGAAGCUUCCAUUUUAUUCAAGAGAAGAACGAAUCUAACAUGGACCGCCUUUUGAUUUUCAGUUUCUUUAUUUCCAGCGUUCAAAGCACUAGGUGGUUAACUCUUCAAACUGGAGGAAAUGUCACCAUCCCAUGUCACUAUGAUAAUGAAUAUAUACAACAUAAGAAAUACUGGUGCUAUCAUGCUGGGGGAGAAUUCAAUUACUGUAAGAUUCUGGCGUAUGCGAAUACCACAAAGGAUAAAUUAACGGUGAUUGAUUAUCCAGCUCAGAGUCUCUUUACUGUGACUAUGAGAGAUCUGCAGAGUGGAGACACCGGAAUGUACUGGUGUGCUGUGGAGAUUGAAAUUUGGGCAAAUGUUAAAGAAGACAUUUAUAUCACAGUGAAAUCAGUUCCUGAUCUAUCUGUAGUGGAGAGCAGUGUGAGUGGUCAGGAAGGGGGCAGUGUCAGUGUCCAGUGUCUCUACAGUGCUGGAUAUCAGAAUGAACAGAAGCAGUGGUGCAGAUCGAAAGACUGGAGCUGCUACACAGUGGGGAGGACUGACACAUCCCAGAAUUCAGCAGUGCAGAUUAGUGAUGAUAGGAGAAGAUCCUUCAGUGUGGAGAUGAGUGGACUGCAGCAGAGUGAUGCUGGCUGGUACUGGUGUAAAACAAGAGAUCUACAGAUUCCUGUUCAUGUCAGCAUCAGAAGAGGAAAUGCAGAUUCUACGACGGUGGCUGGAAAUACAAAGACAGACCUAGAGUUCUGUGUUGCAUGAAGCGAAUGAUUUCACACAUGCUGUGAUCUUGGAUUGAGGAUGAUUGAACUCUUACUCAUCGCAUUGCCAGACCAGCAUGCUACACAGCAUGCCACCAAAAGGGAUAACGGCUAUGCCAGCUUGCACAUAGCAGCAUGAGCUCAAGACUGUGCGCCGAGCAGCGUGUGAGCACCCCUUAAGUAGGGUGCCCACAGCUGCUACUGCUCAGCCCCAUUACUCAGUCCUGGCUCUCCGGCCCCUCCUAGUGGCUGGAAGUGGCCUAGUAGGUUGCCUGGAUGUUACAAAUUCAUUGAUCUUCAAAUAAUAAGAUAAUGUAACAAUCAUGUUCAAGUAAGUAACUGAGGUUACUUACUUGAACUCAGGUAUAUGUUUACAAACAGCAAUUACCGAGUGUUGACUCAUAACUGAGGUUACUUACUUUUUUAAUUAAAACUUCAAAUACUUUUUGACAGUAAU